AUGUUAAAGAAGGAAAUCCUUGAAAUUGGGAGUUGGACUGUGACCACUUUCAGAUUUCUGUGAUGGCUGGCAAAAAAUUCAAGGUAUAUCACAACUAGAAUUUUCCUCUAUUUGUUUGGCUUCAGUAGCCUCAGACUUAUCCCCAAUACAAAGACGGAAAUAUUACAAUAUCAAGAAAGCCAUUGUCAAGGUUGAUUCAAUAAUAUUAAGGAAUCCUGAUUGACCCCAAAUUAUUUCUGAUUAUCCGUGGUGAUGGGUUGAUAAUCAGUGUAUUUUCCAGUUAGUUAGUAAAAUUUACAUGUAGUACAGUUACAAAAAGAACAAAAUUGUGGUAUUUCUUUGCAUAAAAACUAGAAACUCCAGAAAGUAGAUUUCAUGAUCAAUGUAUUAUUAAUACUUGAAUUCAUAUAAAUCUUUAAUCAUGUUUGAACGAGUUGCCUAAAGAUGUACAUGCUAGAUUGUUGACUUUCGUAACAGACUGAAGGUCCCUUCACAAAUAUUACUUAAAAUAACUGAACAUAACACUUUAUUUACACCAUUCACACAUUAUAUUUCUAGCACAUGCAUUAUUCGUCUUCAAAUAAAAUUUUGUGCAACAAUUUAGCCUUACACAGUUUAUGAGUACAGUAAUGAGGAAAGAGGCUAGGAACAUGGAAUCGAGGGUACUGAUUUGAAUUUUCAAUUCAAUAUGGUGUCUUUAGGUAAUGUCGUAUUUAUUGAUCGUCGCAUUCUUGAUCUCGUUGACACAAAAAUAUUUUCAUUAGCCCUCCUCCUCCCCAUUCCUGCCUCUUCCUUGUUCUAUUUUUUUGUAUUGUUUAGGCGGUUGAUUGCCCUCACCUUCGCCGGCAAUACAUGUUUAAUGAAAGUUUCAGUUUAUAUUUGUAUUGGAUUUCCAGAGUUUAAUAAACCGGCUAUGUGCAAAAUUUCACAUAGCCAUUUUUUCUCCAUCAUGUUGUUUGUAUUGCCUUUUCGAACAGAGCACAGCACAUAUUUCAUUCUGAGUAAGGUUUGCCAUUUUGUGGGUAGAUUGAAGCAUAAAUAUUUUUUCUCUUACUAUUACUAUUUAUUACUACUAACUGGAGCGUAAUUUUGGUGUCUAGAGGCCAAGUAAACUAAAAUCUUGCUGGUCCCUAGUUCUAAUUCUAUUUACUACUAGUAGUUUCCAUUUGUUUUUUUAUCUAUAGAAUAUAAUAUUGUUGUUUGUAAUUACUUUAAUAUUAUUUGCAAUGAUUUUUUGCAUGUAGAACUGUCAGGACAAUCACUGUAUCAGAGCCAGGAAGAAAAAUGGCAGGUUUAACGAUGGAAGGCUUAGUACGUAAUGCGCAUCAGAGACAUUACACAAGUAGAGUCCUUCCUGGUGUGGGCAUCUGUGUUGUAGUAAGUACAUUCUAUCUUAUCAUGUUUUCAAAUCGCGCUAAUUAAUUCACUAGGAAAUGUUUACAAUGUGUGUGUAGUUCCAGAAAAUAGCCAUACCUCCCCACAGAGAGCAACUGAAAUUCUGAGGGGAGGGGGGUCCAAAAGACAGUGAUUUCCAAGGGGGUUGGGAUGCUUACAGUGGUUUUUUUUCCAGUGGGUCUGAGUAAGAUUGGUGAGUUAUUAACAGCUUCUUGGUUGAGCAAGCUAUCAGUUAUUUUACUGUUUAUACCUUUGUUUCAAAACAAGUAUUAUUGUUUACAUUGAUCAUCUUUUACCUAUAAAAUUUACGGUUGGCUAAAUGAUUUUUUCACAGUUCACUAUAGUUUUCUUAAAUACAAUAUUUAUUGUCAUCGGCUCAUGAACAAACUUCCAGUUAUCUAGCUGUUGCUUUAUUACACAUUUGAUUCACUGUAAUUUGGUCAUGUGUUAAGCCUUCUUGUAACAUGUUCUAACUGAAAUGAAGUACUGAAAGUUCACGUGGUGUUUAGUUUGAAAGUAACUGGUUCUUUUGCAGAUGACAUUAUUCGUGUAGUCAGUAGCAUAAUUAAGGUAUCACCUCUAUGGUUAAUUAUUAGCUAAGAACGUCCUUGAGACCAUUAGACACCGUAUACGUAUUAACAUAAAUAAAAAGAUUUUAUCUCAUUUUAUCGCAGAAAAAAUUAUCUUUUGCAUAAUAAAAUAGUGUGGUGGGGGGGGGGGGUGGGGAAAGGGGGGUUUUGAAAAGAACCUUUUGGAAUUUUGGGAAAUUCGAUGAGUUUUAACGGUUUUUUUAAAAUUUUUUUGUGGGCCCAUCCAAUGGUUUUUUUUUUUUUUAAAGGUUUUUUUUUCUUGUUUUGUCUCUUUAAAAUUUUUUAAUUUAUAAUAUUGUUUAAAUACUAAAAAGAAAAUAUGAGAUGUACUCUGAUAGAUUGUUAUAAAAAAAGAUGUUUUCAGAAAACACAAAAACCCUUAUAUUAAAAAAAAAAAAAAAAAAAUUUUUUUUUUUUAUUAAAAAAAAAAAAAUUUUUUUUUUUAAAAAAGAAGGUGGGGGGGGGGGGGGGGGGGGGGUUGGGAAAGGAGGUGUAUGACAAGCACCUUCUGGAAUUUGUGGAAAUUCGAUACAGUUUACAGUGUUUUGAUACAGUUUUUCUGAGUCCAUACCAAUGGUUUUCAUUGUUUUAAAAGUGAUUUUAUCCUUGUCUGAUCACUAUAAAAUUUUUUCUACUGACUGAUUUUGGAUUGAAGUUUGUCAAAGUGUAGUUUUAAGUAAAAUCAGUAUCACUUUGAAAAAUUAAGAAUGAACAAGACUGAAGUAAAAUUAGUAUCCAAAUUGAUGGAAAUGAGAAGUAAAUGACAUUGGUGCAAUCACUGCACUAUAUAAUGACGUCACAAUCUUUUUCUUUUUUUUUUUCGAGUGAAAAGGAUACACUUUAAUAUAAUGCUGUUAUAGCAUGUAAAACACUGUAUGGAACCUAUCUUGCCACACAACCAAAUGUAACAAUAAUAUUAAGAGACAAUUUUUGGUUUGGUGGUUUGCGCUCAUGGUGGUGUGCUUUACAGCUUAGAAAUUCUGCCACACGCUUGUGAAAAGCACAAACAAACUUGAUUUUCUCUUCAGUAUGUUAAUGGUUUUGGAGUGUUACUCAGUUGUGUUAUGUUUCAUUGCUGUCUGACUAAGACAGAGCUAUGGAUCCGAUUUCAGUAAUUAUUUUAAUUUGGUUAAAGUUAUUGUGAUUAAUGCAGUACUACAGUAAAAAUCUGCAUGUAAAAACGUACAUUUUUUGGAGUCUGCCAAAAAGGUUCUUGUAUUUUUGGGUCCUUCUAGUGUAUUGAUAAUUGGUUACUUUAUAGGCUAUGAGUCUUUGACUAGUUCUUAAUCAUGUUCGUAAAUUUGGUGAAGCGGAUGCAACUGUAUAGUCAUUGACUACCACAAAACUUGGGAUUGGUUCUUACUUAAAUUUAUACAAUACACUGUAUUUGUUUAUAACUGUAUUAUGAUAAGCCUAAAUAAACUGAAAUUGCAGAAUGUCAAUGUACAUCAUUGACAUCGCUGACAUUGCAUCAAUUACAAUGCAGAGAAGGCCAUCGCAGCGAUACACAACUUAUUGCAAAAUGAGGCCUAAAUAAAUGAAUGUAUGAAUUUCAUAUAUAUUUAAACUGUGGGAUGAAGAAGUAGAUGCAAAGUAGUUAGAUCUUCACAGUUGCAGUGCAAAAAUGCAAUUUAUGCAGUUGUGAAAAGGAAGCUUGAAAACAUCUAGCAGGAUUUGAACCCUGACCUCUUCAAUACUGUCUCAGCACCCAAGUCCAACUGAGCCAGCAAACCAACAGAAAUGCCAGUUCGUUUGUACAUAACAGGACUUAAUUCACCUGUGCUGUGUUAACACAAGUUUGAAAAAGUAAAUAAAGCAAAUAGAAUGGAUAAAAUUUAGAUUUACCCUGUAACCUUCAAAAUGUAAUUGAAACAGUACAGGUGUUGAGAAUGCCAUAUGAGGAACAGCACUUUAAAUAAAUAUUUUCAUCUUUUCACAGGUUUUAGGCAUUUUCAUGUUUGCAUCAGGUAUUGCAGUCCUUGUUAAUCAGAAAGACCAUGCUGCUCUUUCCUCUGUGCCAUUUCAAUCAGCAGCUGUUGUCAUUCUUAUUGCUGGAAUUUUGAGUAUUAUUGCUGGAAGUGUUGAAGUCAUUGCAAUGAAAUGUAGAGAAUGCCCACCAACAGAAGCGAAGAAAUAUUUAUUAAUAGUAAGUAACUGGGAAGCAUCUUGUUUCUUUGUGAAGUUGAGGAUAAGCAUUCCAUCCCAAAUUGUGAACAAUAUCUAAAUAGAAAUUUUUGUUUUCAUAGUAGUACAGUUGAACUGCCAUGUGCUACCUCCUCUUAUUAGGAUACUCCUUUUGUAAGCAAGUUCGGUUCCAAAGAAGGCAAAUUUUACUAGUCAAUCACUAUUGUUGGAACCACUUAUAAAUGACCACCUCUAGUAAGCAACUGUAGCCACUUUUAGGGAGUGAGGUUUCCAUUGCCUGUUCCGAAGCCUUAGUUAGCCAGGACGUGCAAAAAAUAAUGUUCUCAGGAGAGAGCAUCUGACUGCAUUGACAUAAAUAAUUGGCAUUUCAAUGGUUUGUCACCUCCUAGACUAGGAACAGUCUCAUUUUUUUGUAGUCCCUUGAGCGAAACGUGCGAGAAGAAAAAAAAGCUUGCGUGCGUGUGCACCCUCCUUACUAAAUCAGAAGAAAAAGAGAGACUUCUUGCAGGCUAGUCGCCCUCCAAUCAAAGAUAACUUGUAAAGAAUCACCAAACAAAAUUAUUUAAUGCUAACUGUUUUUUAAAGAAAUUCUAUUUGUUGAUACAGCUGAAGUUCUAUCUUGACUACAUGGAGAAUGGCUUUUUCAUUGAUUUUAAGUCGUACCCCUGUACACACUCCUCCAUGGCCAUCUUAUGUUUCUUGUAAAGGCACAUUCUGGGUUAGGGUUAGGGUGAAGUUUAAAGUGGCCGAUUUGACUAUGGUUGACCUAACAGAUUGGAAUGCAAGUCUAGUGUCCAUUUUCAACAGAAUUUAACUGACAUUUACAUGAUUGUACUUCUUAUUGGCAUUAUCAUCCCAGUUAACGGCUUGCCCCUUAUUGGAAGUGUUUGUCACUUUUUGAAGUUACAGAGAUAAGGCAAUUUGAAAAUCAGUAAUCUACCAAGAGCUUUGAAAGUAGUAAUACUGUUUUACAUGUACUAGAAAAUUUCUGUGAAUGAUUUGAAUUGAAAAAGUUAUUGUACCUUUAUCUGUAUUGUAUAAAAUUUUCUUUUUUCCUACAGUUUUUGAUUGUUCUUUUACUUUCUGCCUUGCUUGCCUUUGUGGCUGCAAUUAUGGCUUUUGUUUAUACUGGACAGGUAUGUCUUUAUCCUUUUUUUAAAAAAAAUUGUUAUUUUAUGCAUUGUUUGUCCUGUCAAGGCACAAGACAAUGUUUUUGCUGCAUACCACAAAUUUACAAUUUUUUUUAUUUUGCAUUAUUGUCAUUAAUGCUGUUGAAUUAUUUGCACUCUCUGUUAGUUGCUCCCUAUCUAUUUCUUGAUACACUGGAGCAAGAGAGAAUGCCCAGGACUGCAAGCUUGUCGCCUGUCUUACAACAGGGUUGUUUGAGCCAGUGAAAAGUUAAAAUUUUGGAAGUAGAGUUAUAAAAACUGCAGCUGUCUCUUUUUUUAGGUGGAAAAUACAAUGGAGGAUGACUUAACAGUUCACCUAAAGCAGUAUGGUGUGACAGGUCAUUAUGGAUCCCUUGUGAGUGUAAACAGAGUACAAUCAAAGGUGCGAAGAAUUACCAUUGUAGUGAUAGACGUCUUUAAUCAGUCCAUUCCAAAGGCACUUCCUAUUAAACACUCCUCCCCUCACUAUAUAUAGCUAAUACACACUGUUCUCAACAUAGAACCAAUGUUGUGGAGUCAUCAACUACGCUGAUUGGCGGAAUACUACAUAUGGUGGUCAUAGAUAUGACAAAGUACCAGACAGUUGUUGUACUGAUCAGGUGCAUGCCUGUGGAUUUGAAUUUGAACUUAGCAAGAUUAAUCGCAGGGUAAGUUCGCUUGGUCAAUAGGGUGAGUAUUUGGCCUUUUGCAUGAGAAUAAGUAUGAUAGGAACUCGUCCGCCUGUUUAGUCAUAAUUAUAAAGUAAAAAAUAUACAUAAUACUUCAUGGAAGGUGCUUGAGCACGGCAUUUAACGCACGAAUUGUUGAUGUGUCAGAAAUCGAAUGAGGGUUUCCAUUUGACUUCCCACAUUGCAUUAUUCUCAACCUGUUUGUCACCUUUUAUCCUUCAACAGGGUUGUCUCAAAUUGGUAAGGCGUUCCGCUUCCAGUCAUCUUAAAUUAGUUGGCGUAGGAGGAAUACUCGUGGCUAUAAUCCAGGUUUGUUGUUUUUAAUCAUAUGUUGAUGUAUUUACUUUUUAUUUUUCGCGUGCAUCAUUCCUUUCUGGUUGGAUUUAAUAAUGUUAUGCUUUUUUCCUGCAGUUUGGAUUGGCUGCCGCUGUUCAAUAUAUAAGGAGGAAAAAGUUGGGCUAAGACAACUUAAGAUACACCAUUUCUGUUUACAGGUAUGGGUAAUUUACCCAUACCUUCAGUAGAAAGACCGUCCUUUACCCACGAGAAUUAGGGCUUGGCUACCGGGAGAACGAUGAUGUCAUAACCACUUCUAGUCGCAUGUUGUAUAAGUUUCUACCGGUUGCAAAAAAUGUUCGCUCACUCGCCGACAAGUGGCUCUCUUCUCCCUUCCCAUCACCCCCUGCUUCCGCCGUGCGCGGUACGCGCGAAGAUGACUGGGGACAAGUCAGGCGCACCCGUACCUGUAGGCAAAAAAAGUGUAUCUUCAAUUAGUGUCCUUAUGACGCACAGCCAGCCACCCAUGGUGGGUGACAACAAGGUGCUGUAAUUUCUUCUCGCUUGAGAAUAUCACUAUAUUCUGCUUAUAUUUUCAAUGACGGUUUUCGUGUUUUAAUGAUGAGGGAAGUGCAAAAUAUAGGUUUAAGUUGCACUAAGGAUCGAUAGUAGUUGUCAUUGCCGCGUUUUGAAGAUUAAGUAAAAAAGGUGACCACGCACGAGGAAAAGAGCAUGAUCAAGACUUUUAAGCAUGUACAAGUAAUAACUGUUUCACUACAACUUGAGUAACUUGGAUAGUUAUCUGCUUAAUAGGAUUCACAUGAAUUUCAUGUUUCGAAAAUUCGCUAGAGUAAACAAGAAUUAACACUUAAUGACUGGUCCCGAGGAAAACAGUUAAUUUUGUUUCCCGAGAAUCUCAAUGUUAAGUUUGUUAUAUAGCUGGACGUUUUGAAACUGGAAAUUAUUGAACUUCGUUGUAGCGGCGGUCGUUGGUCAAUAUUCGCGGGUAACAUUGCACUGUUACCCUCUGACGUCAUAGAUUUUGUUUUGUUGCCCGCUUAGAGAUUUUGGCGCGAAACAG